CUCUGUAGCCUGACCACAGCAUGAAGAAGUUCUGAACUGAAAACAGCUGCUACAAAUAACUUGAUGGACUGGCAACAUGUCCUGCCUUUUGCCCAAAUGAAGCAGACCCACCAUGACCCUGACCAGGAUAAAGCUGCAACAAAACAGACAAUGAAUGAAUUACAAUGAAGUUGCACAUGCAUGAAACCGAAGAUGAUCUUCUCUCACAGACACUUUUAUCAUUUUUUGCAUCAGCAAGUGUUGUGACGGUGGUAUGGGUGUCAGUGUGCGUCCUGUAUCGACUGCUGCUCGGCCUCCGGGUGUGGAUCUGUGGGAACGGGAACCUCGUCACAGCCUCCAAACUCGGGAAAUGGGCAGUCGUAACCGGAGCCACGGAUGGAAUCGGGAAAGCCUAUGCAGAGGAGCUUGCCCGGCGAGGUUUUGCCAUCGUUCUCAUCAGUCGCACUCAGGAGAAGCUGGACGAGGUGUCCAAAUCUAUCGGGAGCAGGUACGGCGUGGAGACCAAAACCAUCUCUGUAGAUUUCGGAUCUUUGGACAUCUAUUCCAAGAUUGAAUCUGGACUGGCUGGUCUUGAAAUCGGGAUCCUGGUUAAUAAUGUCGGAGUGUCUUAUUCUCACCCCGAGUUCUUCCUGGACGUCCCAGAUCUUGAUCAUUUCGUCAACAGUAUGGUCAACAUCAACAUCACCUCUGUGUGUCAGAUGACUCGCCUCGUUCUGCCCAGGAUGACUGAGAGAUCUAAAGGAGUCAUUUUAAACCUCGCUUCUGCUAGUGGCAUGAACCCGUUACCACUCCUCACCCUCUACUCUUCAUCCAAGGCAUUUGUGGACUUCUUCUCUCGUGGGCUUGAUGCUGAAUACAGAAGCAAGGGUGUCAUCAUCCAGAGUGUGCUACCCUUCUAUGUGACCACCAAGAUGAGUAACAUCAAGCGCGCCUCUCUAAAUAUUCCCACCCCUGAGCGCUACGUGUCGGCGCAGCUGAGCACUGUGGGUCUUCAGAGCCGAACUAACGGCUACCUGCCUCACGCCGUCCUGGGCUGGGCUAUGACCUCUCUGCUUCCUGCACGACUGCUCGACAUGUACGUCAUGAAAAUGGGUCUGUCUCAGCGCACCCGGUACCUGAAGAAACAGAAACGGGGUUGAUGAGGUCAGGAAAAAAAACAAGGGGCAUGAUGGAAGAACUGCAGAGAGGAAGAGAUGAACUGACCAACCACCAAUUCUAGAACAAUUUGUUCCUCGUCUCUGUUUAACGUCUGUAGCGAUUUCGGCUACUCUGCUCCUGUUGAACGGUUUAUUUGGGAUCGUUUGGAUCUGUGUUUACCGCAGCCCCAGAGCGAUCGUCCAAACAUUUCAGUCUCGUCGCUAACCAAAAUUGGGAAACAUUUCUAAAUAAAUUAGCUAAUAAAAGAGGUUCAGUUCAAGUAGCUUAAUGUUGAAGUCCAUUUUACUGUCAGUACAGCUUUAAUUCACAUUCACACCAGCGGAGCAGUGUGAAAUUCCCUGCUCUCGGAAACACGAAGCUUAUUCUGGGAUUAAAUUACUAUGACAGUGCUGAUCCCCCCCUUUAUUUUUUUUUCUCUAACGGAUUUCUCUCUGAAAUCCUGGAGGGCUUCAGCACACUAGACUGUUGAGUUAGGUGUUUAUGUCCAACCUGAUUUGACUUCAGAAUUAGCUGGUGAGGUGAGUUAGGUGUAGCGGGGCUGGAAAAUCAGAGAGAGUGAAAUUACUGUCGGCCACCUGGGUGUUUCAUGCAUCUCGUAUCUGAAUUGUAUCCUCAUAAUAAAUUGAGUAAAUUGAUAUAGACUUGCUUGUAUCAUGCAGCCCGACAUACAAACAACACUUACUGCUUCUUGUUUUUAGAUUUUCUGUACUAAACGUGCUGUGGCAUUUAAUAUCUUGCUUUCGUGACCACGUCUUAACACAAGGAAUCGACCACAUGCAUUUUAAUGUAAUAUUUUGAACUAAAUUUACACAAGCAAACAUAUCUAAUCCAUACCAGCCUAUAGGCGAUUACAAAUGCGAUGCCGUCUGUGUUCCAACAAGGCUAGGAGGCAGAGAACAUACUAAAUGCAAGUAUGUAAAUGCAAACCCAUUGCAUUCCAGAGCAGAAAGAUGCACAUAGACCUAGCGUGUGAGUGUGUUUAUCCCCGGACUGUCAUGGCAGAGCAGUUUAAUGAAAAAUGUACUCUUGAGUCAGAGCAAAGACAGUAUUAAUAUAUAUAUUAAUGACACUUUGUUAGCUUCAUGACAAGCGUUCGUAUUAUGUUAUUGGCUUAACCUUGUGAAAAUUGUGUAAAAAUCUUCAAAAAACAUAAUUGUAUUAAAUUGUAUUAUUGGUACUUUAUUGAUCUUAUUCAGAUUAAUUCCUGAUACUUGAUGCAUAGUACAUCCAGGUGUUAAAUAAGCCCUAGAUUUUGAGCCCAAGAUUCCAGGACUGACCUCAGUGUCUCCCCCUACUGUCUCCACUUUGCUCCAGUAUUGAUCAGUAUUGAUUUUUUUUAUGGAUGUUAUUACAUCUUUUAACACUCUUUCAUUCCUGUUUAUUAUGUGGCUUUUCUGACUGACAGUAUUCCAAAGCACUUAAUUGUUUCCCUAUUUCCUGAGAGAGUCCACCGCCGGCGGGUGGAAAGAAGCAGCCGAGGACUGCACGCGUCUCGGAGGGGGCGGGUGCUAGUCUGCGGCUUGCCUUGCCAGCACAGAGGAAUUGAAUUGGCAAAGGGGAAAAAGGAAUAGUGUUGCACAGUUGGUCAGUUAUGCUUGCCGUUUUACCCUAAACAGUCCCGCAUUAUAGUCGGUGUUAUUUCAUUAGUAAUAUUCUGUGUUGCUGGGUUGUUGUGUGCGUGUGUGUGUUAUUAUUAUUUUAAUUUUUAGAUCAGCAAAUUGUCCCGUUUGUGGUGUGAAUUGAACUUACUGGCCUGACAGCAAUAAAUGGAAUGCUUUCUUAUAUUGGUUCGAGUUUCGUGCUUAUCAAGCUGAUUUAAAUGACAUUUAAGUGAUGUAAUCAGAUUUCAUUGUAUGUUGAGUGUUUAAAUGUUUAUAAAAUUACUUUUUAGUGAAUGUAAUGUGUACAUGAACUUCUUAUGGGACAAUUGUCAUGCGAUUAUUUCUGCAACCUUCUUUUCUGUGACUGAAAGAUUAAAACACAUAUUACUACCA